CAUUUCCAAUCUGGUCUUGGAUUUGAGCUGCAAUGGCUAAAGUCUUCCUUUUUGUGGUGCUCUAUGGCUUGUGGGUUGGCAGCGGGUUGGGUGAGGAAACGGAUCAAAAGGCUCCAUACAGGAUCCACACGCUGUUCUCAGUGGAGUGCCAGAACUAUUUCGAUUGGCAAACGGUAGGAUUGAUGCACAGCUUCAAGAAAGCCCGUCAACCCGGACCCAUAACCCGACUCCUCAGCUGUACGGACGAGGAGAAGAAGAAUUAUAGAGGCAUGAAUCUGGCUCCUACUUUUGAGGUGCCAUCCAUGAGUAGACACCCAAGAACAGGCGACUGGUACCCUGCAAUUAAUAAACCUGCUGGAGUACUCCACUGGCUUCAACACAGUAAAGAUGCAGAAAAUGUUGAUUGGGUUGUUAUUCUGGAUGCUGACAUGAUCAUCCGAGGUCCUAUCAUUCCUUGGGAACUUGGUACAGAGAAAGGCAGACCUGUGUCAGCAUUAUAUGGGUACUUGAUUGGAUGUGAUAAUAUUUUGGCUCAGUUGCAUACCAAGCAUCCAGAACUCUGUGACAAGGUUGGUGGGCUUUUAGCCAUGCACAUAGAUGAUCUUCGAGCCUUGGCACCUUUAUGGCUUUCAAAGACUGAAGAAGUGCGUGAAGAUAGAGCUCACUGGGCGACCAAUAUAACUGGAGAUAUAUAUGGUACAGGGUGGAUUAGCGAGAUGUAUGGAUACUCAUUUGGUGCAGCAGAAGUUGGUCUCCAGCAUAAGAUAAAUGAUAACUUGAUGAUCUACCCAGGCUAUACCCCGAGAAGAGGAUUUGAGCCAGUUCUUCUUCAUUAUGGCUUGCCAUUUAGUGUUGGGAAUUGGUCUUUCAGUAAACUAGCUCACCAUGAAGAUGACAUUGUUUACGACUGUGGCCGGCUUUUUCCUGAGCCUCCUUAUCCUAAAGAGGUGAGAUUAAUGGAAUCUGAUCCAGACAAAAGGAGAGCUCUAUUUUUAAAUUUAGAGUGCAUUAACACUCUGAACGAGGGCCUUCUAUUGCAACAUGCAGCAAAUGGAUGUCCGAAACCAAAGUGGUCGAAAUAUUUAAGCUUUUUAAAGAGUACAACUUUUGCUGAACUAACACGGCCAAAAUAUUUGGCUCCUGGUAGUGGACAGAACCUGGAAACUAGAGAAAAGCCAGACAUUGUUGAACCCAGAGGAUCACAUCCCAAAAUUCACACCAUAUUUUCUACGGAAUGUACCUCUUACUUUGAUUGGCAAACUGUAGGACUUAUGCACAGUUUCCGCUUAAGUGGCCAGCCUGGAAAUAUUACUCGCCUUCUCAGUUGUACAGAUGAAGACUUGAGGCAAUAUAGAGGUCACAAUCUGGCACCGACACAUUAUGUUCCUUCCAUGAGUCGGCAUCCCUUAACAGGCGACUGGUACCCAGCAAUCAAUAAGCCUGUUGCAGUUGUUCACUGGCUUAAUCAUGCAAAUAUUGAUGCAGAAUUCAUAGUUAUUCUCGAUGCUGACAUGAUCUUGCGAGGCCCAAUUACACCAUGGGAGUUCAAAGCAGCACGUGGCAAGCCAGUUUCAACUCCCUAUGACUAUCUUAUUGGCUGCGACAAUGAACUUGCAAGACUUCACACUCGCAAUCCUGAUGCUUGUGACAAGGUUGGGGGUGUUAUCAUCAUGCAUAUAGAUGACCUGCGGAAAUUUGCUCUGCUAUGGUUGCAUAAAACUGAGGAAGUCCGGGCUGACACAGCUCAUUAUGCCACAAAUAUCACUGGUGAUAUAUAUGAAUCCGGGUGGAUUAGUGAAAUGUAUGGCUACUCAUUUGGUGCAGCUGAGCUAAAAUUGCGGCACACCAUAAAUAGGGAGAUACUAAUAUAUCCCGGGUAUGUUCCCGAGCCUGGUGUCAAUUAUAGAGUUUUCCACUAUGGUUUGGAAUUCAAAGUUGGUGAUUGGAGCUUCGAUAAGGCAAAAUGGAGAACUGUCGACGUGGUAAACAAAUGCUGGGCUAAGUUUCCCGACCCACCUGACCCUUCAACACUGGAUAAGAGUAAAGAUGACACACUACAGCGAGACCUGCUUAGCAUAGAAUGUGCAAAGACACUGAACGAAGCAUUACUUUUGCAUCACAAGAAGAACUGUCCCGAUCCCAAUUCCUUAUCCACCUCAAAUUUGGAUAAGACAGACAACUUUCCUGGUUCCAGGAAAUUUGUUAGGGCUUAUGGAGGUAACAAUGCUGGAAGAAGCAAUCCUACUGUAAAUCACACUCGGGAAUCAACUCUUCCUCCUGUAACAGACAGCCUGUUUAGUUCUCUGAGGAUUUGGAUUAUUGUUUUAUGGGUUGUAUCCGGCUUGGGUUUCUUCGUGGUAAUGUUAGUGGUGUUUUCAGGUCGUAGGAAUAAGGGAACGAGAGGUAAAAGUUACAGAAAUAAGAAAAGAUCCUAUACAAAUUUCGUGGACACAAAUGGCCAUGAUAGGCAUCCCCGGAGUGCUGAAUCAUCUUUAUGACAUUGAAACUUGUAGAAGAAGAAGAAAGUACAAAUGCUCAUGGUGAUUGGAUUUACAGAGAUUGAUACCUGAACAUAGAUUUAAAUGAUUUGGAAAAUGGAAAUCAUUGCAUUAUUCACCUGGAUAGUGACUACUCUGAACUUCAGAUGCUUCUCUGCUCAGAAUUCAGUUUCAGAAACCUAUAGAAUCAGCUUUAAGAAUGCUUUGAACUGACAUAUUCACAGGCAAAGUUCAAACGAGUUAAAAGAAGAAAAGGGUCUACUAGCAGAAGAAACCAUACUAGCUAGCACAAAAAAGGGAAAAAGAACAGAUGUUUUUUUUAAUGUUGUAACUGUAACUUUGGUCUGUUUAACUUUUUUCUUAAGGCGAUGUAAAAGUGAAAGCUUGGAGGAAAAUUUUUCUCUGUUCUUUCAGUUUUCAUUUGUGAUUUUUCAGUCCCUCUUCUUGAUUCUUAUACAGUGAAAGUUGCCACUCAAAAAUUGCUUAUAAAUUACUUGACUUUGUCCC